AGGGGCUGGGACGGGUGCCUUCCGGGAGUCUGAGCUAUGAGCGGCUCCUGUGGAGAGAGGCCCCCCAGGGAAGCCAGGACCACCAUGAGUCUGUGGGAACUUGAGGACAGCCACAGCUGUCAGGGUGUCCCCAGGCCCGCCCCGGAGCCAACUGCGGAUGAGGCCACAGCUUCGGAGCUGCAGAUGAAAGUGGACUUCUUCCGGAAGCUGGGCUACUCACCCACAGAGAUCCACAGCGUCCUACAGAAGCUGGGCGUCCAGGCAGACACCAACACGGUGCUGGGUGAGCUGGUGAAACAUGGGUCAGCCACAGAGCCGGACCCCUGCCCCCAGCUCCCUCUGGUCCCCCGCGGCGGGGGUACCCCCAAGGCUCCCACCCUGGAGCCCUCACCCCCAGAGGAGGACAAGGAGGGAAGUGACCUGAGGCCAGUGGUCAUCGAUGGGAGCAACGUGGCCAUGAGCCAUGGGAACAAGGAGGUCUUCUCCUGUCGGGGCAUCCUGCUGGCAGUGAACUGGUUUCUGGAGCGGGGCCACACGGACAUCACAGUAUUUGUACCAUCCUGGAGAAAGGAGCAGCCUCGGCCCGAUGUGCCCAUCACAGACCAGCACAUCCUGCGGGAACUAGAGAAGAAGAAGAUCCUGGUGUUCACACCGUCACGGCGCGUGGGUGGCAAGCGGGUGGUAUGCUACGACGACAGGUUCAUCGUGAAGCUGGCCUUCGAGUCUGAUGGGGUUGUGGUUUCCAACGACACGUACCGCGACCUCCAAGGCGAGCGGCAGGAGUGGAAGCGCUUCAUCGAGGAGCGGCUGCUCAUGUACUCCUUUGUCAAUGACAACGAGGUGUGCCGUCAGCCCCUUCCUUAGCAAUUGGAAGUCCCCCCUCAUGUCUCCUGCCUCCAGAGAGAGUUCUUUUCACCCUCUGCAGGUUUAUGCCCCCCGAUGACCCCUUGGGCCGGCAUGGGCCCAGCCUGGACAACUUCCUGCUCAAGAAGCCACUCACUUCGGAGCACAGGAAGCAGCCCUGUCCCUAUGGGAGGAAAUGCACCUACGGGAUCAAGUGCCGAUUCUUCCACCCAGAGCGGCCGAGCCGCCCCCAGCGCUCUGUGGCAGAUGAGCUCCGUGCUAAUGCCCUCCUCUCACCCCCUCGUGCCCCGGGCAAGGACAAAAGUGGCCAGCGGCCUUCACCUUUGUCUCCAUCCAGUUCUCUGCCAACAGAGAGUGAGCAGUGUAGCCCGGAUGGGAAGAAGCUGGGGGCCCGGCCAUCCCCAGGGCCCUGCCGGGAGGGUCCAGCACAGACUCUUGCCCCAUCAGGCAGGAGCCUUCCUCCUAGCGGGGGCAGUGGCAGCAGCUUUGGACCCACAGAUUGGCUCCCACAGACCCUGGACUCACUUCCGUAUGUCUCUCAGGAUUGCCUGGAUUCGGGCAUCGGCUCCCUGGAGAGCCAGAUGUCGGAGCUGUGGGGGGUACGCGGAGGAGGCCCUGCUGACACAGGCCCACCUCGGGGCCCCUACACGGGCUACAGCCCCUAUGGAUCUGAGCUCCCAGCCACUCCAACCUUCUCUGCCUUUGGACGGGCCAUGGGUGCUGGCCACUUCAGUGUCCCCGCUGACUACCCACCCCCACCACCCACCUUUCCAUCUCGAGAGUACUGGUCUGAGCCAUACCCACUGCCCCCACCUACCCCGGUCCUGCAGGAGCCCCAGGUGCCAAGCCCAGGGGCUGGCAGGGGCCUGUGGGGCAGGGCAGGCAGCCUGGCCAAGGAGCAGGCCAGCGUGUACACCAAGCUGUGUGGCGUGUUCCCCCCACACCUGGUGGAGGCCGUGAUGGGGCGCUUCCCACAGCUCCUGGACCCCCAGCAGCUGGCUGCCGAGAUCCUCUCCUACAAGUCCCAGCACCCCAGUGAGUAAGCUGCUCCUGCCGUCAAGGGCAGCACCCCCAGCCUCCAAAGGCUAUCAGGCUGGGCCUUGGGCCAUCAAGAAGCCUGUUCCCACCCCAAGGCCACCCUGGAGGCUGGACAAAGGGAGGAUUCGAGCAGGGAAGGGAACCCAAACCAAAGAUACUGUAGGAUUGGUUCUGGCCCACACUGCACCUCUAGCCAUCUGCCCUCGUGGGUCAGAAGUGAUCACCCUGUUGAUACACAUUGUAUCUCUGUAGUUUAAGGAGACGCUGCCGGUAACAGCGACGUCGGUCCGUGGCUGAGGCCCAAACCCUCUUUUCUCUCAGGGCGGGGAGGGAGGUGGGGGAAGCAGAGGCCCGGGCUGGGGGCCCUGUGCACAGCCCCCAUCCUCCACCCCACCCCUGGGACGCCAGCCUUGGCUGGCUAGUUGGGCACCAUGUGCCUGCCCUCUGAGGGCCCUCCUCUACGCCAAUGAGGCCCCAUCUGUGCUCUCUUGCUGGGCACGAGGCUUCAUGUUAGUAAGCAAGAUGCUUCUUAAUAACCCAUCUCCCGUCCCAUUCUGUUUGCCUCCCCCAUUUCCCCUGGGGAAUCCAGGGCCCUCUGCCUCCAACCUUUCUUCCUCUUUGUCUGUAUUCGGCAUCAUCUCGCCCUUCCCCAAGGGUGGGGGCAGGUUUAUGGACAGUUGUAAAUUUUAAAUAGUUCAAGUAGAAAGUCCUUACUUCCCAUAACACAUCAAUAAAGUACAACCAAUGUGAACCCUUUUAA